AUGAUAGCAGUUACAAAUAGUUUUCUUACAAAUACACCGCUUAUCACUUCAGCUAAUAUAUUAUCUAUAGUACCUAAAAAUGGACCAGUAGAUUGGUUAAAUUCAGCUGUCAAGGGUUUUUCAUUAUCUGCCACAGUUGGGAAUAAUCCUAAUCCUCUAAAACUUAUAAGCAAUCUUGACCUUGGUGAAGAAACCUUAAAAUUUACAACUGAUGAACCAUAUUCUCCUACAAUCUCCUCGAAAAAUGUAGUCGCCGAUUAUGCUUUACCUUUUAAUAUUAAUUUCAAAAUUUUAGAAGUAGGUCAAAAAAUAACUAUAGCACGUGAUAACAAAGAUAUUAUUACACUUGAAAGUCCUGAAGUACCAGUAAUCAGUACCCCAAAUCAAUUAUCCCUUAAUAUUUCAGAAACAAAAUUGCAAGUUCUUGAUGCUGGAAAAUUCUCCGACCUUCUUGCAGAUUUAGCAACGAAUAAAGAAUCCGAAGUUGUUGUCUAUGGAAAAACAACUAUUCUCACUAAUACUGAUAUACUUGGUCAAGCUUUAAUUCAAGGAAUUCCCUUUAACUUAACUACAACAUUUCAAGGUUUCGAUCAAUUUAAUAGCGAUGGAAAUCCUCCUGUUGUUCAAGAUCUUACCAUUUUAUCCGGAAGCUCCAAUCAACUAUUUAUGGGUAUCAUCGUAGUUCUUACAAAUCCUUCAAAGUAUUCUACAUCCGUCGGACAAGUAUCAUUUGAUAUGUUCUACAAAGACAAAAAAAUUGGUACCACUGUUAUCCCAGAUUUAUCUGUUGUUCCUGGACCUAACCCCGUUACUGUCAUGGCUAUUUUAGAUGAUCCAGGAAAAAAUCCUGAUACAGUAGAACUUUUCAAAUUAUUUCUUACCGGUCAGUCAGCUACCGUAAAUAUCAAAGGGAACGAACAUUCAACUAAUAUAACUAGUUUAAUACCAGCAUUCAAAUCCAUCAAUAUUCCAUCAAGUAUGCCUCCUCUCAAAACACCAUUCAUCAAAAGUUCUAGAAUUGUCUUUGAUAAUCAAACUGCGACUACUAAUGUUUCGACAGGAAUUGUUGAAAUGACAAAUCCUUUUGUAGCUCCAAUUUCAAUUUAUGCUAUGAACUCAUCAUUUAGUUUUAAUGGAAUUGAACUUGGAUCACUUGAACAAAAUAAUUAUAAUAAUCCAAUCUUUAUUCCUGGCAACACAGAUCAAACUCUUCAAUUUCCUGUUAAAAUGGUAUUGGAUCCCGUCGUAUCAUUUACAGUAUUAAGAACUUUAGCUUUACAAAAUAAUUUGGAUGUCACUGUUCUUGAUUCAUUAAUCGCUCUUAGUAAUGUUUCCGUUCCUGGGGCUGAUCCAAAUGCAAAUCCUACUCCAGAGGUUAUCCAAUCAUUUGAUAUGGCAAAAUUUGUUACAACAGCAAUGGCUAAAAUCCCUGUCACU